AGGCAGGCAGGCAAAGGGCAGGGAGGGCGCCCCACCACCAGCACCACCAUCGCGGCAUUGCGUUUGCGUUGCCUUUGCUUUUCUUUUCCUCUCGCUCUCCGCCUCCUCCUCCUCUUAUUGCCCCCGACUGCGAGUCGAGUCGCUUCCACCCACCUCACCUCCCUUCCCCCUCCUCGUGCUUGCUCCACGACGUCGCGGAGAAGGGGGCGCGCGCGCGGCGAGCGGGGAGGCGGGGAGGAGGCCGGAAUGCCCGCGCAGAAGCGGCCGGCACCGGAGGCGGCGUCGGCUCCAGCGGGGGGAGACGGGCACGUGGAAGGAGGAGGUGCUGGUGGUGGUGGUGGCGCGGACGAGGACGCCCACCGCGGCGGGGAGCGCUCCCCGAAGGUGAUGAACGGUGGCGGGCCGGAGAAGGAGAAGGAGCGGCGGGACGCUGAUUCUGAUGCGGAGGAAGAGGAGGAGGAGGCCGGCGGCGGCGGUGGUGGUGGAGGGGCCGACGAAGACCGCGACAGCCCGUCUUCGGAGAGCGACGGCGACAUGGACGAGUUUAUACUAGUGAAAUUAAUGGAUAUACGGAAAGAAGUGCAGUGCCCUAUAUGCUUAGGCAUUAUCCGGAAGACAAGGACAGUUAUGGAGUGUUUGCACCGGUUUUGUAGGGAUUGCAUAGAUAAAUCCAUGCGACUAGGAAAUAAUGAAUGCCCAGCAUGCCGCACCCAUUGUGCAAGUAGACGUUCUUUGAGGGAUGAUCCUAAUUAUGAUGCUUUAAUUUUGGCUUUGUAUCCAGAUAUUGACAAGUACGAGGAAGAGGAACUUGCUUUCAGCGAAGAGGAGAGGACUCGCAACAAAAAGAUCCAAGCAUCCAUCGCUGAAACAUUUCGAAGACAAUCAGAAGCACUCGUGAAGAAGCGUUCCGUUGCAAAAGCAACAGGUUCAACUAUUACGAGAAGGACCAGGGGUAAUAUGCGCGCAAAAAGGAGGGGACGAACUAGUUCCCCUGAUAUUGUUGCAACUGACAAUGAGGAUGAGGAUAGAGAUGAAAAUGGCAAUGAGGGCAGCAAAGAGUCGUCUUCUGUUGAUGACCGUUCCCCAGAUGUAAGGCAGAAAAGAGUUCGGAGGUGGCCCGUGCCACGAUCAUCCCCUGCUAAGAGCAUUGGGGGUAUUGAUAGUAGCUUUGAGGAUAUUGAUGACUUAGGAAGUGGCAGAGAUAUCAUGAGUACUUCUCCACUACGCGGAGAGAUGCUUGCCUGGGGAAAAAAUGGCACCCGCAGUCAAACCCGGCAUGGCAAUUCUGGUGGUUCCAGUGGAAGGAUGGCAAAGGGUGGUCGUGUUACCAAGUUGGUUGAAUACCUACGUAAUACCGAUGAAUUCGAUAAUAAGUUCAACUUAUAUCUUGUUCUACUUCCACUUAAUGGACAAAGCAUGCCUAAAUUGGAGAAGCCCUAUCUCAGUUGCCAACCGACAUUCUCUGUUCGCCAUCUUUGCCAGUUUGUUGCUCUCCAAUUGUCUCGCCAUGCGAAAGAAGUGGAGAUAUUCAUCAGGAAGAACCCCAACAAUGGAUGCUUUGCAUCCAUAGAUACUAGUGCAGAUGAGAUAAAACUGAAUCAUGACGCCUUAGAAAGAUUGGAGGAAGAGAAAUCUCUUUCAGAGCUGUACCCUUCACUUGCCUCUGGCCAUGGGGAUCUGGAAUUAUUAUAUUCCCUGAAAGCAGAAGUGUAGAUCAAAUUAAUGGCACAAGUUCUCCUUCAGUAUCAAUCUGAUCAAAUAGCGGGGAAUAUGAUGGCAUGCAGGGAUCAUCCGAUGAAAGCCUGUACAAAGUUAUCCAGUAUAGAAAAAGAAAAAAGAGAAUCAGCAAACUUAGCUCUUCCUUAGUUGUGACUCGUUAAAUUUGCUCUUGGUCUUCUGAUAUAGUACAUGGUUCAUUCAUUUAAAUUGGAGGAAUUGAAAUGCAUGGGUGGAUGGAAUUAAGUAGCAGUCGUAAAAGAAGGCCAAACAUAUAGUCUGGUGACUGCUCGUUGUGAUAUUGGUGUUGCCUGUCCAACUUGAACUGAUUUUUAAAUGGAGAUAUCAACUGAUUUAACUUGGUAGCUCGAUUCCCAGAUGGUGGAAUCGCAAUUGCUCCCA